CGACGACGUGGCAGUGGCGUUGCCUCCCACUCGCGUCUUGUGGCGAGAGAAAAUGGAGCAAAGAGCAAAGCAACACAAAAUAUCGUGCACACGACGACGACGGUGUAAACUCGAGCCGCUAGUUUCUCGGAGCUAUCGAACCACUCAAAAGUUGUGUAUAUCUCUAUCCACGUCUGAAAAUACACAAAUUUCAAAAUCCAGAAAUACCAAAGUGAGACGCGAUUUGCGAUCUUCGCCAGUCGCCACGAUACCUCCCCCCAUUAGGCCCUUACGAGCCUUACCCCGUCUCCCUCUGUGUUCGUGCGCCAUGUAAAAAGAAGAUCUAAGAAAUCCACGCCGUCCAGAGAUGAGACCCCAAACUCAUAAAGACUUCUGCUUCAAGCCGGUUUCCCUCUGCCAUGUUUCCCGUCGCCGCUGCAUUCAGUCAGAAAAUGAAUUUUGCCGGAAAUUCAGAGUUGGAGAAGUACUUUUCCGUUCAAUUCCACCUCAUAAACGUCGUCGAAUAAGUCUUACGGUUCGUUGUUCACGGAAUCCUUUGGAAAAUGUUGAAAACUUGGAUAGAAACCCGGGUAUUCCCGGCGGAAGUAGACGAGAGGUGCUGGUCACGCCUUUUCUGGCGGUCGGAGCUUACUUUUUACGGUCUAUGGUUGCCAGAGCGGAGGAUAAGGGACCGGAGAGUGUUGCACCUCUGCCGGUUUCAAUGGUUGACGAGAAGAAAAAGGAAGACGUCAUAAUUUCUAGGGUAUAUGAUGCAACCGUUAUCGGAGAGCCCCAGGCCGUCGGUAAGGAUAGGAACAAGGUUUGGGAUAAGUUGUUGAAUGCACGUGUUGUUUAUCUAGGAGAAGCUGAACAGGUUCCAGUUCGCGACGAUAAGGAUCUUGAACUUGAAAUGGUUAAAAAUUUAAGAAACAGGUGUUUUGAGCAGGAAAGGCCCAUCUCCCUUGCUCUGGAAGCCUUUCCAUUGAAUUUGCAGGAGCAGCUUAAUCAAUAUAUGGAUAAAAAGAUUGAUGGUGAGACCUUGAAAUCAUACACCUCACAUUGGCCUCCUCAGGGUUGGCAGGAGUAUGAACCCUUGUUAAGUUACUGCCGUGAUAAUGGAGUUCGUCUCGUUGCUUGUGGUACCCCACUUGAGGUUCUGCGAACCGUUCAAGCUGAAGGUAUUCGUGGCCUUUCUAAGGCAGAUCGUAAAAUGUAUUCUCCUCCAGCUGGUUCAGGCUUUAUUACAGGCUUUACUUCUAUCUCCCGUAGAUUGCCAAUAGAUAUGAUUUCUCAAAAUCAGUCUGUUCCUUUUGGGCCAAGUUCAUAUCUUUCUGCACAAGCGAGAGUGGUGGAAGAUUACACAAUGUCCCAGGUUAUCUUGCAAGCAUUGGUAGAUGGAGGUUCCUCGGGUAUGCUUGUUGUAGUGACAGGUGCAAGCCAUGUUAUGUAUGGAUCAAGAGGGACAGGGCUGCCAGCUAGAAUCUCUAAGAAGUUGCAGAAGAAAAACCAAUCAGUUAUAUUACUUGAUCCUGAGAGGCAACAUAUACGUAGAGAGGGAGAAGUCCCUGUUGCUGAUUUCUUGUGGUACUCUGCAGCUAGACCUUGUAGUAGGAAUUGUUUUGAUCGUGCUGAAAUUGCUAGAGUAAUGAAUGCUGCUGGUAGGAGGCGAGAUGCUCUACCCCAGGACCUUCAGCAAGGACUGGAUCUUGGUCUGGUGUCACCAGAAGUGCUACAGAACUUCUUUGAUCUGGAGCAAUAUCCCCUUAUUUCCAAACUUACUCAUCGCUUCCAGGGUUUCCGGGAAAGACUGUUGGCUGAUCCUAAAUUCCUACAUAGGCUUGCUAUAGAAGAAGCCAUAUCAAUAACAACAACUCUCUUGGCACAGUAUGAGAGACGUAAAGAAAAUUUCUUUGAGGAGCUUGACUAUGUUAUCACAGAUACUGUCAGGGGUUCAGUUGUUGAUUUCUUUACUGUGUGGCUUCCUGCCCCUACUUUGUCAUUCCUUCCAUAUACUGAUCAGGUAACUGCACCAGAGAGCAUGGAUACUUUAAAGGGCCUUCUUGGGUCUAUCCCAGAUAAUGCAUUCCAAACAAAUGUUGCUGGGAAGGUUUGGAAUUUGAGUCAUAGGGUUGCAUCAGUGCUUGUUGGUGGUCUGAAGCUUGCUAGUGUUGGCUUUGUUUCCAGCAUUGGGGCUGUAGCUGCCUCAAAUGUAUUAUAUGCAAUACGGAGAACACUGAACCCGGAAUUGGUUAUUCAACAAAAAAAUAAAAGAUCUCCUAUAUUAAAGACAGCAGUAGUCUAUGGGCUCUUUCUUGGAACAUCAGCAAAUCUACGGUAUCAGAUUAUUGCUGGAAUAGUGGAGCAUCGGAUUUCAGAUCAAUUGCUGUCUUCUCAACCAUUACUUGUAAAUAUGUUAUCUUUUGUUGUUAGGACAAUCAACUCCUAUUGGGGAACACAGCAAUGGGUAGAUCUUGCUCGCUAUACAGGAUUGCAGACACGGAGAAAUAAAGCGCUGCCUGAUCAACCUUUAGAUAACGUUAACUCAUCUACAUCAAGUUGCAGCACCAUAAAGGAAGCAAGUAUAGAUGAAAUCAAUAACCAAUCAGGUGAUAAUCCUACUUCAUAGCUUCAUACUUGGAAAUUUUGUAUCAUUAUUCUUUUGCAGAUGUUGGGAAUGAUAUCAAAGAAACGGAUCUCAAUCUCCAUGCAUCUACUUUUGUGUAAUUUGUCUAUCAGAGCUCUCUAAAUUUUGGUGAGUGUACGGGCAAGAUAGUAGAGAAUAGAAAGAUACAAAACUGAUGUAAUGGGCAUGAUUGAGAAUAAAUACGAUUUUUUUUUUAUGGAACCCGUGGUUAAGUAUAUACUAGAACUUAUCUUUACCAAGGGACAAAACAAUUGGAUUGGCUGUAAUGCCCAUUGUAUGAAAGAUCGUUUCGCUCAAAAAUCAAAAUAGUUAGCAUUGUAGCGGUAUUGCA